AGUGGCAGACGAAAUAACAACACGUCUUCGUAAACAUUCUUCCGAGUACAGUUUAUAAUUGCGCUUUUAACACCUAUAGACUGCUACUACAUUGUAUUCUUUCCAAAAGCAGCAUUAUGUAACGCACCGCACGGUGUUUACCAAGAUUCUUCGCUUAAGGAAAUGAUUAAACUCAUUUUAUGCUGAUUGUAUUGGCUUGCUGAACUAGCCACGUGACACUUCAUCGCCUGUCAUUGCGAAACAUUUUUAAUAAGUGGGACGUUUUAGUUUUCCUUAAUACCUGCUUACAGUUGUUGUCAGAUUAUGGCUUCCCUUGCAGGUCCCUUACGUUUUACUGGAAGAGUUGCUGUAGUUACUGGCGCCGGAGGGGGUCUUGGUAAAGAAUAUGCAUUACUUUUGGCUGAACGUGGUGCCUCAGUUGUCGUUAAUGACUUGGGUGGAACACGAAGUGGCGAGGGCAAUAGUUCCCUUGCUGCAGAUGCCGUAGUUCGAGAAAUUAAGAACAAAGGAGGAAAGGCUGUGCCAGAUUACAAUUCCGUGGAAGAAGGAGAUAAAAUUGUGAAAACAGCAAUAGAUAAUUUUGGUCGCAUAGACAUACUUAUCAACAAUGCAGGGAUUCUUAGAGAUAAAUCAUUUACAAACAUUUCAAUGGAUGAUUGGGAUCUUGUUCAUAGAGUCCACUUACGUGGCUCUUUCAUCACAACUAAAGCUGCAUGGCCAUACUUCAGAAAGCAGAAUUUUGGGAGAGUUAUAAUGACAGCUUCUGGUGCUGGCAUAUAUGGAAAUUUUGGCCAAUCUAAUUAUUCUGCAGCAAAGCUUGGUGUGCUUGGAUUAUGCAAUACUUUAGCCAUUGAAGGAAAAAAAUAUAACAUUCAUUGUAAUACCAUUGUUCCUAUUGCAGCUUCAAGAUUAACACAAGAUAUAUUACCACCAGAUAUUUUUGACCAGUUGAAGCCUUCUUUGGUAAGCCCAGUAGUUGCCUAUCUUUGUCAUGAAACCUGCGAAGAAAAUGGAGGUGUAUUUGAAGCUGCUGGAGGAUGGGUUGGAAAAUAUCAAUGGGAACGAUCAUCAGGAAAAGCAUUUAUACCGCCCAGUCAGCUUACAGUAGAAGGAGUUAGAGAUAAUUGGAAUGCCAUUUCUGAUAUGUCCAAUUCAACCACACCAUCAUCUCUUCAAGAACAAACAGUGAUGUUAGUAGAGGCUCUCAGUGGUCAAGCCUCAAAGCCACCUGCAGCUAAAAGUGUAUCAAAGCAUGCUUUGAGCGAAGAUCCUGGAACUUUUAGUUACGAUGAAGACAAGGCAAUUUUAUAUGCUUUAGCAGUGGGUAUGUCUACCAAGGAAUCUUCUGCAUUAAAUUUCCUGUAUGAAGGAUCGGAUGAUUUUAGAGUUUUGCCAACUUUUGGUACCAUUGCUGCGAUGGAUGCUUUAUUUAGUUCACCUGUGCUUAGAGAGCAAAUUGAAAAGCUAAAUGGGGACCCAACUAGAUUAUUACAUGGAGAACAAUAUUUGGAAUUACAUCAGCCUUUUUCACCCUCUGAUGUUUUGAGUACUAAGUGCCGUUUACUAGAUGUUUUAGACAAAGGUUCUGGAGCUGUUGUAAUUAUAGAAGCGGACACGCACAAUAAAAUGAAUCAGUUGGUUAUGCGUACACAGUGGUCCAUUUUUCUUGUUGGAGCUGGAAAUUUUGGUGGUAAAAGGUCUACAGAAAAACCAGUGAAGGUCAUGAAUCCUCCCAAUCGUAGUGCCGAUGCAGUAGUAGAAGAAAAAACUUCAGUUGAUCAGGCUGCUUUAUAUAGAUUAUGUGGAGAUAAAAAUCCCCUUCAUAUUGAUCCAUCAUUUGCUACUAUUGGAGGUUUUUCUCAGCCAAUUCUUCAUGGCCUGUGUUCUUUGGGGUAUGCUACUCGUCAUGUUUUGAAACAGUAUACCAAUUAUGAUGUGAAACCUUUUAAAUCUAUCAUGGCUAGAUUUGCUGGUCCAACUCUUCCUGGUCAGACAUUAAGGACACAUAUGUGGAAAGUAGGAAACCGCAUUCAUUUUCAGAGUGAAUGUGUUGAAACUGGGAAGCCUGUGAUAUCUGGUGCCUAUAUUGAUUUAGCUGAAGUUCCAAAGCUCAGUUCUGGACCUGUUACAUCAAAUCUUGCUAGUACUUUGCAUAGUAAAUUGAUAUUUAAAGCCAUGGCUGAUCAGUUAGCUACCAUGCCGGAACUGGCUUCAAAAAUUCAAGCAGUUUAUGAAUGGAAUAUAUUAAAAGAUGGAAAAGUUACAGGAACUUGGACUGUGGAUUUGAAAAGUGGAUCUGGAAGAAUAGUUGCAGGUACUAUAAAUGGUGUGAAGCCUGGCUGCACACUAAUUCUUGAAGAUGAAGAUAUGUUAUCGUUAGUAACUGGAAAAUUGGACCCUCAAAAGGCAUUUAUGUCAGGAAAGCUGAAAAUCAAAGGAAAUAUAAUGCUCACACAGAAACUUAAACCCCUUUUGGCUGCCAGAAGUAAAGUUAAAGCUCCAGAGCCUGAAAUACAUUCCAAUACACAGUGUGACAAAAUCUUUAUGAAACUUGGAGAGAAACUGAAGAAAAAUCCGGAUUUGGCUAGUUCUAUUAAAACUGUUUAUCAGUGGAAUAUUUUGAAGAAUGGAAAACAAGUUUCUGUUUGGACGCUGGAUCUGAAGAAUGAUUCUGGUGCUGUUUACAAAGGAACGCCAAAGCAUGAUAAACCAGAUUGCACAUUCAUCCUGGAAGAUGAUCUUUUUGCCAAAAUUAUGGAUGGUUCAGCUGAUCCUCAGAAGGCUUUUAUGUCAGGAAAACUGAAAAUUACAGGAAAUGUCUUGGCUUCUCAAAAGUUGCAAGCAAUAUGGGAAAACCCAGAAGAAGACAAUGACAAUAAUAUGUCUUUUGCAAGUGCUAAUGAAGAUACCUCAAGUAAAAAUGAAGUUUCAGAUCCUCAUCAUUUAGGAGAGAUGCCAGCAACAUUAAAAUCUGAUUUUGUUUUCCAAAUAUUUGCCGAGAGACUCGGAGAAGAGCCUGAAUUGGCCAAGAAGAUGAAAGUUGUUUAUAAUUGGAACAUACAUAAAUCGGGGAAAAAGAUUUCUGAAUGGACUGUUGAUCUUAAAACUGGAGAAGGUUCCAUUUAUAGAGGGCCACCAAAAUCUGGUAAAGCAGAUGUUACUUUGACAAUGGAUGAUGAAGAUGUCAUUUUGAUGAUGUUGGGCAAACUGAAUCCACAAAGGGCCUUCAUGACUGGAAGAUUGAAGAUAAAGGGAAAUAUUAUGCUCACACAGAAACUGAAUCAGUUAUGGCAAGAAAUCCUGAAAUCUGGACGAGCUGUUGAACUGCCUAUAUUAGCAGCAAUACUUGCUGAUAAGCCAUUUGAUGCAGAACUCCGAAGUGAACCUUGCUUUGUGGAGCUGGGCAAACGUGUAUCUAGACUUCCAGAAAGUGUUCUGAAAUUCAAAACAGUGCUUGAAUGGAUUGUUACCAAGCAUGGCAAGGAAAGGGAAAGAUGGGUACUGGAUUUAAAAAAUGAUAAAGGAAUGCUGUCUCGAGCCCCUGCCAAAGAAGGAGCUGCACCAACCAUUUUCAUUACCGUUGAUGAUGAUACUUUUGCCGAUUGGAUUCUUCAUAAAAUAUCUUCUGAAAAUGUUCUAUCUUCACCAACCACCAAAAUUGUUGGGGAUCGUGCUCUAGUGUCAAAACUUUUGGAUACCUUCAAAAUAUCCUCAAAAUUGUAAAUGGGGGAGUGAUUGAUGUUUGUGUGUUUUAGAAUGAACAAAUUUUUGAAUUUAGAAUUAAUCAACUACUUGAUUAUUUUCAUUAGUUGGUUUAAUUUGUGGAGGACUUAUAAGGCAGGUACUUAAAUUUGUAGAAAGCUGUAUUGAGAGAUUAUCUGUAUGAAAAGAAUUAUGGAUUCGACAAUUAUUGUUGUUAAUGAAGCAUCUUUGUAAGCUAUAUAUUAUGUAUUUGUUUAUCACUUUAAUAAUUAUAUUGUAAUUUUUGACAUAUCAGUAUGUUCACAUCUUGUUGAGUUUUAUUUUUUUUUUUCAUUUAUGAAUUGGUAAGAUGGUUUAAAAUUAUCAAAGUUGAAAUAUCAUUUCUCUUCAUUAUUUUAAGAAUGAUAUAUGUAUAUUUUUAUAAUAAAAAUAAAUAUGUUUUCUAUCAAAA